UAUUAGGCAGCGGCGCUGGUCUGACUGCAGCGAUGGGCGCGCGGCUGUCAGGGCGACUCCGGUGGCCGCAGAGCCGCGAUGGCCGCCGUGCGGAGGAUGCGCUAAGAGAUGAGGAGGAGGAGGAGGAAGAGGAGGAGGAGGAGAGCCGACAGGCGGACAUCGCUCGCUUCCCCUACGUGGAGUUCACCGGGAAAGACAGCGUCACCUGCCCGAGCUGCCAGGGCACCGGCCGCAUCCCCAAAGGGCAGGUGAAUGAAUUGGUGGCCCUGAUCCCGUACAGUGACCAGAGACUGCAGCCGCAGAGAACGAAACUAUAUGUCUUCAUAUCAAUCUUCCUGUGCCUGUUGAUAUCUGGCCUGGCUGGCUUCUUCUUGUUCCCCCGGUCGCUGGUUGUGAAUGAUGAUGGCAUCAAAGUAGUUAUGAUAAACUUUGACACCAAUAACUCCAGAGUCUUUAUUGACAUGACGAGCACCCUCAACAUUAGCAAUUCUAAUUUUUAUUCAGUUUCUGUGGACACACUUACCUGUCAGGUUGAAUAUAUGAAGACAGUGAUUGGAACAACACAACUGACAAACAUCUCUGUAAUAGCUCCUUUGAGUGAAAAACAGGUGAAUUAUACAGUCCGUAUAGAAUUUAGUGGGCCUCUUGCCUAUGUUUAUACGUUCUGCACAAUGCCUUCCAUCAAAGUGCACAAUAUUGUUGUCUUCAUGCAAACCACUGUAAAAAGUUCUUAUUUGGGGCAUCCAUCUCAGAAUUCUCUGGAAGAUUAUCACUAUUUAGACUGUGGAUCGAAUUCCACAGCACACAGAAGAUCACCUUGGGGACAUUGAAUUUUGGAUAUACUGUAGGUCACGAAUGGCUCUUUCACAUCCAAGCAACUUGAUCUGACCUGUUUUUUUCACCUAAGGUUCUGCUUUGUCUUGCUAACAGUGUGUGAUUCUGGCAUCAAUACAUUGGCUUGUGGUUUGAGUUGAAAAUUGUAUGAAAUUGUAGGCUAAGGACGUGGAGGUUUCAUUCAGUUUCUGUGUCAUUCUAUUUGACGGGAACUUCUAUUUUUGUACAGUCGCCACUAUUGAGGGCAUCAAUGGAUUGUUUAUUUUGCCAGUAGCAAGGUGCCCUAAUUAGUGAGUUGGGGAUUUGCAUCACAAUGUUUAGAGUGACGUUGGCCUGGAUAGUGACUUACCCUGGUGUGGACCAGGUGAGGUGCCUUGUAAAACCUUUUUCCAUCCUAUUCUUCCCGGAUAAAAUUCCUCUGCAGAUCAAUCAGCAGUUGAAAGAGAAAACUGUGUUGAAGGGAUUGUACCCACUUUAGGUGUUGAUGAAAAUCUACAGCAUGGCAGUUUUUAAUCAGAUUCACCUGUGUUUCAAAUCUAUUUCUUUAACCACAGGUUUCCAUUUGCUGUUAUAGUCAAUCAAUGGUUCCAACAAUAUUAAUAUUUGUUAGGUAACUGAUUCCUACUGUUCUGGUAUUCUAGUAAGUAUUACUCUAAAGCAUCCAAGGCUCAAUGUUGCUGUACACUGAAUCCUCAUCAGGUGUUCGUUUCCUGCACCGACAAGGGAGAAGUAAUGUGAUUGCUAUCUUAGCUCACUAGAGUUUAUUGGUCCUAUUCCCCCCCCCCCCACCCCUAAGUUAGCUAGUUCUUUUGGGCAGACGUUCUACUAGAUUGCAUUGUUGCACAUUAUUCUGACGUGAAAGUAGCCGUAGCUUCAUAUGAUGGAAGUGGAGAGGGCCUCUAAAGGCUGCUGAUCUCACAGCAACACAGUUUCCAGCUUAAUAUGACGUGUGUCUGUUUUCAUAAACUCUUGGCUUGCUAUUGAGGAUGCGAUGGAUGAUUCACAGGGGAAAGAGAUCACAUGACUGUUUAGUUCCACUCCAACUUCAAACAGUGCUCCUGUUGGGCGCAAGGCCAAGUGAAGGCAGAUUUGAAGAUGUUGGAAAGGAAAGGCGCCAGUGUGUUUUUAUAAAAAUGUGGAAAAUAUUAAUAUUUGUAUAAGUGAAAAAUAACAUGGAUCUAUUUUGUGUAAUUUAUUCCAAUUCUUUUUGUAUUGUUUAAAAAGUACAAUUUUGGAACUGAAAGCAACGACUGAAACUUCUUGUGAGAUGGAACUUUGAUGUGGAAUUAAAUCCUUUUCAAAGGUUGGUUGGUUAACCUAGUCACUUUCUUCACUGAAAGGGGUUGAUUAUUCUCUUGCAUUUUGGAGUCACUAGUACAGGGAAAAUGAUUAGAAAGAUGAUGGAGAUUGU